AGAACACGAGUCUGCAAGGAAAAACAGACCAACUUUUUUAUAUAUAUCUCAACCCGGGACAGUUUAUAAGAACAUAAGUCUGCAAGGAAAAACAGACCAACUUUUUUCUAUAUCUUAACCUGGGAUACUUUAUAAGGACACAAGUCUGCAAGUGGCUAUGAGUUUAUCCAACUUUCUUGAGUGAAUGUAUGGACUUAGCACUCUCCACAUGACUGCCAAGCCUCUGCCUCUCAUCCUCCACUCCAAAUCAUCAUCAUAUCCAGAGUUUAACAGUAAAAGGGAUGAAAUAAUGAAGGUGCUGGCCAACUCUUGCAUAAAGGAUUUGGAUAAAAUAGGAAUGAUUGAAAGUAAGCCUUUAAAAUAUGAAUUUACCUUGAGCCUGCCCUACUCUUUUACAUCCAGAAUCUUAGAUGGCUGGAUAGCAUGCAAGGUCAUGAUAUUUGGGGGUUUGGAGGGCACGACUAAAGUUAAACAGUAUCACGUGAGGGAGUGAAUCAUUUUCAGAUACAUGCAAUGCGCUUCCCUCUCAGUAAAGUAAUUACCAUUUAUUGACAUGGUGACUUAACAUCAGCGUCUUGCAAUAUUCAAUCACAAUGUUUUGCUGCAUUAUUCUUUCAGAAGUACAUAAAUGAAUCUGAAUGACUCAAUCAAUUGAGAUUCCAUGAGAUAACACAACACGUCUUCGCUUCACCGAGUCCAGUGAAUAUGAUUACGUCAGGCUGACUCCACAAAGGUAGCAAUAUUCCGCGGCAGCUCUGAGCUAACAGUACUUCGUGCGCCCCGCCCCGCGUGUCCCAGUGCCUCCCUUAAAGGGCACCUCAAGGAGGCCUCGCAGACGGCGCUCCGGCACGCGGCGUGACGCCCCGCCCUUCACGCCUCGGGGAAGGUGCUCGCUCUGACCCACUGGCGGGAUAGGAUUCAGCAUGUGAAGGGCACACGAGGUGGCCCAGCGCCUACACAGAAAUAUCCAAAUAGCUUAAUUAAAUUGCAUUUUUUAUAACCCUUUGGGGCCCCAGAUUUACUCUUGGGGCCUUGACGCCCCGCUGCACUUCGCCGCUGCUCUGACCUAUGGUGACUACCUGUUACUAAUAUGCCUUGCUAUGGCCGGCCGCCGCCGGGUCGUGGAUUUUUUUUUCUCAGCAUCAGGUAUUGUACAGUGUGCGGUUAUUCCCUUAGCGGCGACAAGUGUGUCACUGUGUGAGGGGCGGGGCGGGGCGGCGUGCGACACACGCGGCGAUCGAGUCACACCAGUAAUGAACCACGUCCCCCCCGCAGCCCCGCCCACAAGGAACUCGGGCGUUCAGUGGUGAACUGGGUUACAUCUGACUCCGGACUGCCGGGAUCACCUCUCGUCGAAUCAGUCAGUCAUACACAAUCCCGUCACAACGCGGCCGCUGCACCACCUGCCAACGCGAGACAGUCCCGGCCAUGCAGUGACAGGUGAAGCCUCGUCCGACCGUGAGAGGGGCAUAGCGACCCCGGAGGCUGUGUGUUAACCCAGUUUGUCCUUGAACAGGAAUACGUUUGUUAGACACUUUCGGAAUAACACGCGUGACUUAAUCGAAGUGCAAAAAUGGAGAACUGAGAGCCAUUUACAAAGUGUUAUACUCCCGUUCCUUCUCUUUCCCGCAUUGCUACAUUGCUGCCUGUCAUUGUACGGAUAUACCCUCGCUGGACAAAUUGUGAACAGCCCACGUGACUCAACUCUGUCAUCUGCUCAGGUACACACACACACACACACACACACACACACAUACUAUAAUUAAUUGAUACCUAAACUCCUCUUAUAUGUAACUAUAGAGUGGCAGGCUGCAUCCGGUACCAUAAUCACAAUACUAAAAUCAACUCCACUCGUAAUGAAGGUAUUUUUAUUCCUUUUUAAACAAUCCAUAAUAAAAUCAUCUUAUUAUUUAUUUAUUCAGCUUUUCGACCACGAAGUCAUUUAAUUAUAGAAAUACCUCAGAAAUUUUCAGCGCCAAAGCUUGUGCAACGCCUAAGAGCGACUGGAAGAGGAGAACGGGUGCCUGGACAACCGUGAACAAUUUAUCUUUAUACAUUCAGUUUAUUUAUUCAGUUUAUCGACCACGAAGUCAUUUGAUUAACAAGGUGUCCCACAAACGCAGCGCCAAAGUUUGUGCAACACUUAAAAGCGACUGGAAGAAAAGAACGAGUGCCUGGACAACCGAGAACAAAGUGAACACUCUUAUAGCGACAUAUAGGUACAGCAUUAAGACAGUCAUCACAGCCUCGCUCCUAAGAUGAACGUGCUCCGGGCUUCCCUCCUGCUGCUCAGCGAAUACGUGAGUGUUAGAUGACUCGCCCUGUCCGAUGUAGUGGUAGUAGUAGUGGUAGUAGUAGUAGUAGUAGUAGUAGUAGUAGUAGUAGUAGUAGUAGUGGUAGUAGUAGUAGUAGUAGUAGUAGUAGUAAAAAUAACAUUAGAAGCAGCAUCAGUAGAGGUAGGGAUGUAGUAACACAAAUAUCACAGAACCAAAGGCAAGCAUCACUGAUUAACCCAUCUCGCGUCUCCUCUUCCAGGUGCUGCUGACGCUCACGCAGGAGUAUCAAGGUGAGUAACGUGCCGCCGUGCCGCCAAGACCACUCACUGAUAGAGAAGUUUCAAUUAAAGGUUGGGUUCUUUCGUUCACACACAGCUGCUCUCGAUUAAAAACCUCAUUGGUGCUGUCAGUUAUGUCUGUCUCGUCUGCUCUGCUCUGGUUCAGUGGCCAACACCCUCCUACUCGUACUGCACCGCUCAUGUCUGUUGGUCUUGCAGUGGCAGAUAUAUACUGUGAGUUCGGGGAGGGCGGCGAGAGGGAGAGGCUGGAGGCUCGCAUCCGGAAGCCUGAAGGGUUCCGCGCUCACCCCCGCUUCGCCGACACUAUUGCAAACUCCCUCACGGACGCCGUGUGUCAGAUUCGGCAGGAGUCCCAGUACGUAUAUCGCCUUAUGGUGACUGACUUCAGCUCCUGCGGCGUUGCCAGGAAGGACGGGUUUGCGACGGUGCGCGUGUGGUUCCCGCAACUGGAGGGCGUCAUGCUGGCCAGCGACAAGGAGGUGCUCGUCAUGUGCAAGCCCACGGCGCCCACCGUCACCGAAAACCGCGUCGCCAGUUUUGCGGGCGCGUUACCCUCGCCGGGGCGGGUGUCGGGCAUGGUGAAGGAGAGCCCUGAUCGCCUGGAGUACGAGGUGGCUCUGUACCGCGAGGUGACGUCGCGCUCCGGAGAGGCCCUCACGCCCAGCCAGGCCGUCCCCAUCGGCUCCAAGCUGCAGCUCCGUGCCAGCAUCAACGCCCAGUCCACGUGGAAGUUUGUCAAGCUGAUGGAGGUGACAGUGUCCAGCGACCCCCGUGAGGCCAAGGUGCCCGGCCACGUGGUCCUCGUCAGGGACGGGUGCCGCGUGCAGGAAUACUCGUCCAUCGUGCCCAGACAUCCCCAGCAAGCCAGUGAGAGUCCAGGUGAGGUGAUCCUGGACUUUGAGGCAUUCAUGCUGGACUCGAGGGUGAAGGAGUCGUCCCAGUUGUGGAUCCACACCACCAUCAAGGCGUGCAUCGACUUCAGGGACUGCAUGGCGGAGCUCUGCUACAGCCUUGACGCGCCCACGGGACACGGGCGGCGACGGCGGCGCGUCACUCUGUAUGCCGAGGGUCUGCUGGAGGUGGCUGAUGACCACCAUGAAGUUGUCCUCCCCACCCUCACCCCCGACCACUACCACACUGCUGAAAGCCCUACAACCUCUCCCCUCCCUGACGACAGCCCCACAACCCUUCCCCCCUCCACUGACAGCCCUGCAGAGCCUCCCCUCUCCCCAGCCACUCUGCCAUCAGCCAGCACCUCAGCCCAGGAGGACUCUGAGUCAUCAGAGGAGCAGGACACCGACCUGCCCGAGGCGCUGCCUCAGUCCUCAAGAGUUGGCAGAAACUCAACAAAGUUUGGUGAAAAUGUUGGCUUCACCGUGGUCAUGCCUGAGGAGUUCUUCACACGCACUGAGGCCAUGUACCAGUCCUGUGCCACCUUCAUGGUCCUCUCAGGUCUGCUGGGUGUCAGCAUGCUGCUUGGGGUCUGUGCCUUGUCCCUCCUGGCCUCCCGCAUCCACCGCACGGCCGUGCUGGCCCAUGCCACCACCCUGGAGACGGUGAUCAAGGACCACCACAGCAAGUAUGGCCUCAGAGACUUCCUCAAGCCGCCCUUCCAGUGAACGACACUUCCUGACCUGAAGGCAUCCAUCUGUGUGUCUGUCUGACAAAAUUGGAGUAGUGUCGAGCCUCUACUCCUUCCAAGUUUUGUCAUGUAUAAAUAUUACAAUGAUUUAAGAUAUAUAUAAGACAUCACAAGGCAGGAUAUGUCCUGUACUUUUUGCUGUAUAUCUGUAUAAACUCCCUAAAGCUUUUAACACUUCAAAGGUGCACAAGGUGCAAAAAAGAAACUUGCUGAGAUUCAGUCAAGAGUAACUUCAAAUAUAUAUAAAUGUUUUCCACAUACAUUAUGCCAUAUUCUGAAAGAUGAAACACUGUACCAUUUUUGUAAUCUGUAGCUCAAUAUACAACUUUUUUUUCAUUUCAUAUUCUAUUAGCACAUGUAUCAUAACUGUAAUGUGAAGAGAAAAAGUCUGGUAAGUGAGCUUCAGUAAGUCAUAAGCAUGCAUACUUGAAAUAAAUUAUACUCUAUAGCCAGUGGCACAAGAGGUUGUCCAGUGAAGUAGCCACAUAAACCCAAGUGGCUCAACAGGUUGG